ACUAGUAUUAGUCAAUAAGGUAGUCCUGUGAAUAUGUCUGUGCGUCGAAUUCGUAAAUAACUCGGCAGUUUCUUUUAAUUUGUUUAAAGUCAGGAAGAUUAAUAAAAUCUCUGUUACCGUUUUGUAUUGUUAAAUCAGAAUCAAUACAUGACGGUGAUUUUAUUAGUCGAGAAUUCAGUGACCGAACAGUGAAAAGAAAAAUGCCUUGUCGUUACCAGCCGGAAAGUCUGGUGAGCCUUUCGGAAAACAGAGUCGUGUCCGAUCUGGUGCACACGUGUUACCAGAUGCACGAGCUGGCCAGCCGCAACGGGUUCGCUUCGCCGUCGCAGACGUUUGCGUUCGCCCGACACAGGAUCCGGCCGUUUUGGGCCGCGGCCGUCCCCGCGCUCGUCCGCCGCCAGUUGUUGACCAAGUGCAUGGCCAUGCUGGCGGACGCGAUCCGCGACGGUCACUCCGUCAGCGUGGCGGCCGACAACGUACCGCUGAACCUGCUCGGCGUCAUGCUAGACGGCGACAUCAGGGAGCUCCGGGUUCAACUGUGCUGUUACUACGGGUGCAGCCACCAGACCGCUUUGCUCAAGCUACUGGCGCAAGAGGCCCGGGGCCUGGUGUCUCUGGAGCUGGUUAGACCGACGCUAUUGCGCUUAGAUACACAAUUAUUUCAGUCAGUACUGUUAUCAAUGAGUAAUUUGAAACGAUUAGUUUUAAAAAAUAUAGCUAGCGAUAAAAUUCUUAAAAUUAUUGGACAGUCGUGUUCUCAGCUAGAAAUACUAGAUAUAUCUCAUUCAAGUCAAGUAACAGAUAAUGGUAUAAAACACCUUUUACUACAAAUUGAAAUUAAAGAUAAAUCAAACAAUUUCAAAAAACGUAACAUUCAUUCAACACCAAGAUGGUGGCAUGUUAUAAAAACAUUAUCAAAAAAAAUUAAAGUUAAGACUGGUCAACGAAAUAAAUUAAACGAUUUAUCAUUUCUCCUGGAAUAUUGUCAAAAAUCAACAAAGCUAUGUUCUACAUUAAAUAUAUUAAAUAUUGCCAAUACUAGUGUCACUAGUAAUGGAAUCCUAAUAGCUUUACAGAAUAUACCAAAUUUGGAAACUUUAGGUGAAUAUUGUCAUAUUGGCAAAGCUUUAGAAUUAUUGGAUAAAUCUACAAUACCGUCAACUAAACUUCAACUGACAAUGGCUAAUGCAUGUCGUACAACUUCCUCAAGACUUCAAGUACUCUGUAACACAUGCACAAAACUCAAUAGACUGACUAUCACUGAACCAUUACAUUCACCACUUAUGUUAAGUCAACUGCCAAAAACACUAACAAUUAUAAAUUUACAAAAUGUUCCUACUGAGCACGCAUGGUUAGAUGGCUUGUACACAUAUCUUUUGGGGCCACAAUCACAAAUUUUACGAGAAUUAUUUUUAAAAUUUCGAAAAGAUGAAGUUUCUCUAACAAUUGACUUGAGUAUUUUCUUACCUCAACUGGUCAAUCUUAAAACAUUAUCAAUUGAUGGAGUUGAAUCAUUAUAUUCAAAUUCAUCAAAUAUCACGUUAAGAAAACUUGAAAAAAUCCAACUCAGUAAAGUCGACCAACCAGAUACUCUGCAACGGCUAAUGAAAUAUACACCAGAACUAAAAGUAUUACAUGUCUAUACUUGUUUGGGACUAAACAGCUUAAAUUUCAUGGAAUUACUUAAUCCUAAAGAGACGAUUCCAGCAAAACAAGUUUCAAAAAGUUUAAACUGUUUGUACAUUAAUGAUUUACCACUUGGAAAUAUUAACACAGUUAAACAUAUCAUAGAUUUGUGUCCAGAAAUAAAUAAAAUUGGUAAUAUCAGCAAUUGGGACAUUAGUCAAGAAGAGAUAAAAGAGUUAAAUAUGUGGAAACAUAAAAAUAAUUUUAAAUUAGAACUACAUGCAAAUUCUCAUUGGUUCUGUUCAGAAUGUUUUCCUAUUUUAUGAUAUUUCAUAAAUAACAAUAUAAUAAUUCAUUAAAUAUUUAAAUAUUGUUUUAUAAGUGUAGAUUACAUUAGAUAUUGUGAAAACAAUUUAGUACCUAGUUAAAUUGAAAGUUGCAUAUUACUUACUAUAUAUAUAUACACUAAAGA